GAUCUACUUUUUAUCAAAUUUAAACCUAAAAGUUGAUUAUUUUUCCAUUAUCUUUUUUCAAUCAUACAAUCAAUACAUAAUCUUUUGUUUCCAUAUCACGAAUAGUUAAUAAUAAUUCACUAUGCAAUUCAGCAAAAUUACUUUUCUCCUCGGAGCUCUUCCCUUCACCUUCGCUGCGUAUGGAGCCGCAGAUGCCAGUUCUGCAUCCAGCGGAGUGACUUCAUCAAGCACCACAACCACUUCUCCUUCUGACCCAACCCACACUAUUCUCGUUGGUGCUGGAGGGCAACUUACAUUUUCUCCUAACGAAACCAAAGCCGACGUGAACACAACUCUUGAGUUCCACUUCUAUGCCAAAACGCAUUCGGUCGCCCAAGCAGCAUUUGCAUCGCCAUGUAAGGGAUCGGGUUUCUUCUCUGGUCCAAUCACUACCACUGGCACCGAAGCCAACGCCUCCGUCUUCAGCGUGCUUGUAAAUGAUACAAAACCGAUUUGGUUCUACUGUGGAUAUCCUGGACAUUGUGAGGGCGGAAUGGUAGGAGCUGUUAAUGUUAAUACAACCGACAACGCAAAAACCCUAGCAAAAUUCUCACUCGCAGCCAAAGCACUCGAUAGUGAUGCGACUAAAAACCCAAAAGGUAUUGUGGGAGGCACGCUCGCUCCAUUGAAAGCACAAUCGGGUUCUGGAACAAGUAGUGCGACGGGUGCUGCGGCAUCGGCGUCGGCUACGGGCUCGAGUGCAGCGGAUGUUACGACUGUGGGAUGGAUUACGUUUGCGGGGGCGGUGGCUGUCGCUGGUCUCUUGGCCAUGUAAAAGUUUUGGGAUUUGAUGGAAAUGAGAAUGGAAGAGGUGAAGACUCUUGCAUGUGGGUUUGAUAUAAAGCUUGCUUUUUAUUACUGUAUACUUGGGCUUGAUGUAUUUAUGAAUGAGGUGUUUGGGGCGCUAAUACCUGGUUGUUUUUGGAAUUUUGGAAGUAAAUUACAGGAAUGAAACAAACGCAUUGAUUGCAGUUUUGAUUUACUCUGAUGACAAGAAUUUCUGCUGUUGUUUUGAA